AUGAGGCGAAUCCCGCGCGUGUUUCGCGAGGCCGCUGUCGUCCCCACGCCCCUUCUGCGCGACCCACGGCGGGGGCUGGCGACCCACGGCUUCGCCGUCUCGCGCGUUCUGCGUCAGCCGCGCGACGUGGCGCAGCCCCCGGCGGGGUUCGAACCCCCGCACGACCUGGACUCCAAGGCCAACCCCUCCGCCACGUCCCUGGCGGUGUGGUACUCCCCGGGCUCCGGGGACGCGGCGGGGGUUGGGCUCCCCGCCCCCACAACCGCCCUCACGUCCCACUGCAACACCAUCUCGGAGUCCGUCGCCAAGGCCGACGAGCUCGAACAGCAGCGAAAGGCCCAGGAGGCGGCCCCGGCGGGCGGGGCGGUCAUCUCGGAUGAGGCCCUCGCGGAGAUGCUCGAGGAGCUGCGGGAGGUCACCACGAGCGAGGUGGACGCGCUGCUGGAGCAGCUGCGCGGGACUGGGAUAGUGGGGCAGGCCGGGAUGCACGAGCUGCGCCGCACGCUCUUCUACACCACCGCCCUCCACACACGCGGGUGGAUGACGGCGCCGGCCUACACCGCGGUGAUGCGAAUGCUCACGGUGGAGUUUCUGCGCCGGGACAACAACGGCGUGCUCGCGCCCGACGAUGUGCUCUACAUCGCCACCCAUAUGAUCGCCGCGAACUUUUACAAUCGACAUCUAUGGAAUCGUCUGGAGAAGGCGCUCAUGGUAUUUUCAAACUACGAGCAUAUUGAGCUCCCCACGAUCAAAGCCCUCACCACGAAGCUGUUCAAAUCGAGACGUGAUAGUCCAAAGGAGACGUUAGAUGUGCGGCGUAAGGUACUUGCCGCAAUGAUGAGGCGUAUUGCUUUGCUCGCGAACGAGUUUGAUUUGCCGUCUUUGCUGGGUAUUUUACAGUGCUAUUCUGUUCAUGAUAUGACACCUUUACCGAUUCAAGCUCUCGCAGUUCGCGCAACGAAUCAUUUAAACGAUUUUACCCCUCAAGAGUCUGCGACACUCGUCCACGUGCUCCGGAAAUUUCGACUGCUUCGCCUGGAAACGUGUGAGAGGCUUGUGGAGCGGAUAUGUAGCUCGGAUAAGCUUACUCAUCACAUGGCGAAUAGCGCGCUAACAGCUAUUCGCAUUUGCUAUAAUAAGGUGAGCGAUAGCGGGCGGAAUGCGUUGCAUGCAGAACCAACUCGUCAAAAAUUACGUGCUAUAGGUGAGCAAGUGGUUUGCCGUUUGGAUGAAGUUGAGUUCCCUGCCCUUGUGGUAAUUUUGAACGCACUGGAUAUUAUCGUAAAUCUUCGAAUUUAUAUUCCCAAAAAGCCCCUACAGAGUGCUUUUACGCAGGCUGACGCGAUGCUGCAGGUGGCGAUCGAGCACCAAGAUGAUUUGGUGGAUCCUAAAACCGGCAAACAUGUACGCCCGAUUACGGUAGAACAAGGAAGACAACUGCAGGCACUUUUACUUCACUACGGAUCUGAUUUAUCGCCAGAACUAUCCAGUAGGCUGAAAACAGCCUUCGAGGAAGGUCUAUUACCAGAUGAAGCCUCGCUUUAA